AUGUGCUAUUUGAGUUCAAUUUUAAGUAGAUGGGAUACUGAUUUGUCCAGCAUUGCCGCCUGUUACAAUACGAUCACGAAUCACGGUCACUCUUUUUCACUGAUUCUAUUCAUAAUAGUGUCCAAACUUAUUCCUUCAAGGAAAGCAAAGUAUUUGACGCUGCGGAGGUAUUGUUCCUCUCGUGCUCUGACAGCCCAUCCCUCAGCCGUCGUUUCGUUUGCCAUCUCAUGUGAUUCGAACCUUAUUUUAUCCUGCUCCGCAAAUCCUCCAGUGAUUCAAGUUCACAACCGGUUAUUGGCGACCACCAUUGCAGUCGCCCCUCGUGCUUCUACGACUUCGGUAAACAUCUGCGUAUUCCAUCCUACUCACCGAAACAUAUUUGUUCUUGCAUUCAACGAUGGUGUUCUCGCGGCCUACGACUAUAGUAAGAUAUCAGGGGGGGGCAGCGCGAGGAGAGAUCAUGGAACAGGUAUCGGACAAGGGGACCUGAAAGAGAUUCAUACAUUCCGCCACUUACACGAUCCCAGUGUCGCCGGGUCAUCGGGAAUCACUGGUGUGCAAUUUCUCCCCGGAUACCGGAGUAGGGCUGUUACUGUGGGUGAAGACGGGAGGGCUUUUCUUGUAGAUUUUGGUAUGCGUGACACGCUCGGAAGCUGGCAUACCGGAGCCCCAGCUACCAGUCUGACUGUAAGGUCUACAGCGGCAAAGACCGGCGAUCGAGAUGACCCGAAAGCUUACCUGAUCGCAGUUGGAUCUGUCCAUGGUAGGUGCUACGUCUAUGACGGCCAUGGAAAUAAGGUUGGCGAGCAGGUUGUUGAUGUCGCGGGAGGGAAGAUCCUUGGGGUUGAGUGGGUUGCUGGCGAUAUAUGUAUUCCACUGAACUCAGGAACCUGCGAUCCAAAUUUAUAUUCCCACAACCGGUCGCGCCCCGGUUCGGAGCCUCCCGCCAAAGUACGGGAAGGGCUAAGAGCCAGAACUGGAAGUCGUCUAGCCACUAAAAAUCGAAACCCAUCCCGCUCCUCAGAGCCCCAGCCCCCAAUUCCUGGUGGCAAAGAUAUUGGGGAUUCCUUUUCAAAACUGGGUGCGGGGGCGGGACUAGAACGUAAUGAUGUCGAGGAAGUGACCAAUCAAGGUUACAUGAGACUUUUCAGCCCCGUGAAAAAGAAGCGACCGCUGAGGGCUUCACCAACGAAUGAGAAGAAGUCAACUUCAGCAGCGCAGAACUUGGAUCCCCAAGAACGAGCUCUAAGGAUGGAAACCCAGAGAACCUCCAUUAGCGCCCCACCCCUAUGGAGCGGGUCUGGGGAAAAGACCCCACAGCCGUUGGCGCCGGUAAUCAGAAAUGACGGUCCUGGCCAGACACCGAACACUGUGACCAAAACUGAGGGGAAAACAGUGCACAAGCAGGGCCGGGACUGGAGGUAUACUAAGACCACACAAUCGUCCGUCACUGUCAAGCACGUUUCCUCUGGGACUUCUAAGGGACAACCAGUCACUGACAAGACGCGUGAUGGGAAAUUUCUGAGUGAUAUUCGGUCAGUGAGGGCAAGGGUUAUGGGGCAGACUGGCAAACCAGUACGUGGUAAUCUGGCACUAUUUGCUCCGUAUAUGCCGGGGAAAUCCAAAGGGGAACGCCCCCGAAGCCCCGAGGUUGUUAGGGAAAAGAGAAUUAGUCCGGGGAGAUUGGCACCGGAUCCGAGGCCCGAGACAUCAAGUGGGGCGCGAGUUGUUAGGGCGAUGGACGGAAGUAACAACGAGGAGAAACCUACUACACAAGCUGCAGACGAAGCAGUAACUACUGUUGCUGAUAAUGAGGCAACAGCUGUUGAUGACGGGUCAAUUGAAGCGGAUAUUUGGUUAGCAGAGGGGAAAGAGGCCAGAAGGAGUCGCAAGAGGAAGCAAUCUAAUGCUGACCAGGCUCCCGAAACACUUUUGGGUCUUGAUGACUCCGCCGGGGGCAGGCGGUCUCUCACCGGCUCUUUCAAAAGCCGCAAAACCGUUUCCUGGCAAGAUGAAGCAAGGAUGACACGGGACAUUCCUAUAGGACAUGAUACCGAAGACCAUUCGUUUCUUCCCAAGCUUUCAGGAAGCGGCUCCCCAAAACCCAAUAGCUCUAGGCAAGAUAUAUCACCUCCCCCUCACCAUCCUCCGAUCACCGGUAGCUUUUCGGGAUCAGCUCCCUUCUCCAUAGUCGGAAUGCAAUUACCAGGAGCCGAAAACGCCGAGCUGCGAUCUGCUCUACACAACAUGGUUAUGGAGAUGCAAAUUGCACUCAAGUCUGAAAUAACCGACAUGCGAGCAGAAAUGAGUGAGCGGUUUCGGCAGCAGGAUAUCAUCCUUCGCAACAUAGGCCACGAAGUCCAAAUGGUCAGACAGGAGAAUCAAAAUCUUAGAAACCGGCUAUCUGAGGCACUCGACACGUUAUGAGAUCGGUCACGGGCCCGGGUGCCUUCUUGAUAUGGGAGGGAGGAAGGUUAAGGGUUUGGUUCAUGGCGUUUUUCUGAAACAUUUUCGUUUUGAGAUGGCGUUAGGCAUCGUCUGUGGUUGUACGGGCUUGGGGUUUCAGGAGCAUAGUGGGAGGUUCUGGUUGUCCUUGUGUAGUCCAAUUGCACUUGUAUUGCUAGUUGAAUAUUGGAGGCUAAUGAAUUACGACAUAUUGCUUAUUUAUGUCGUUUACUUAUCGA